CCUUUGCAUCAGCGAGCUCUUCAUUGACAAAAAUCCUCAGCCGAGUGUUGAUUCUAGAUGCUGCAGGCGAUGUAGGCGAGAAAAAUCUGCGUCCGCUGCUUGUGACCACUCUUCCGACACCAGCUUCACUGAGCAGGGUGACGGCUGCUGCAACAUGGACAGCUUUUACGACCAGCAGGUUCCCUUUGUGGUGCCUGAAAGUAAAUGUCCCACAGAGGAGGAGAGGGGUUUUGGUGACCGACGGAGGAAGUUGUUUGAUACGGAGCUGGCUCAGGACACAGAAGAGCUUUUUCAUGAUCUGCGUCUGCUUCAAGAGAUCUGGAUCGAAGAAGCUCAGGUUCCUGAUGAUGAGCAGUUUGUCCCGGAUUUCCAGUCCACUAAUCUGAUGUUUCAUGGACCUCCUGUGAUGAAAGUAAAGCAGGAGCCCAAUCCGUCCAAAGACCUGUCCCCCUGUGGAACCCCUCAGACUGAUGCGUGCCUUUAUAGUUACAGUGCCUUUGAAAACAAGCCAGGUCCAGCUCCAACCUCCACAUCUGCACCGCAGUGUCGCUCCAUCCAACCUGCUGGACCUCCACCCAUCCAGAGGCAGCUGCAGCCCCCCCAGUCCCAGCUCAGCCAAACUUCAACCUCCAGCCCGUUCCACCGGCUCCCACAGGCCGACCAGAACCAGAACCAGCAGUUUGCUUUGCCUCGCGUCCCCACCAGCUCCUCGGGUGCAUCGUUCAACACAGAACAAAGGUUCCAGAGACAGCUGUCCGACCCCUGCCUGCCCUUCCUGGCUCCAGAAAAAACCACCAACACGCCGUACCACCCCUCCGCUUGUGACGGCCGGCCCAUGUACCAGCGCCACCUGUCCGAGCCUCUGGUUCCCCUCGCCGUGCGGGGAUUCAAACAGGAGAUUGUGGACCCGCGAUACCCAGACCCGACACCUGCUGGGCCGGUUCGGGCUCGAUCACAGACCAACUUCAACCAGGUCAAAAUCAAGCAAGAGCCGAGAGACUUCAGCUUUGAACCAGAGGUUCAGACCUGCCAGUCGUCAUCGUUCGGAAAGUCUUCUGUUAUGUUUCGGAACAACGGUACAGGAUUCGGAUUUGACCGAGAUCCCCGAUCGUACUUUGACGACACCUGUGUCGUUCCAGACAGGAUGGAAGGUAAAGUGAAACAGGAGGGUUUGCCCUACCAGCGCCGCGGCUCGCUGCAGCUCUGGCAGUUCCUGCUCACGCUCCUGGACAACCCGGCUAACGGACACCUCAUCGUGUGGACGGGUCGCAACAUGGAGUUCAAACUGAUCGAUCCAGAAGAGGUGGCUCGGCUUUGGGGGAUCCAGAAAAACCGACCGGCCAUGAACUAUGACAAGCUGAGCCGCUCGCUGCGGUACUACUACGAGAAGGGCAUCAUGCAGAAGGUAAAGGUGGCCGGAGAAAGGUACGUGUACAAGUUUGUGUGCAACCCCGACGCGCUCUUCUCCAUGGCAUUCCCAGAAAACCAAAGGCCGAGCCUGAAGGUGGACCUGGAUGCCAUUCUGCCCCCCAACGAGGAGGACGGGUUCCCACUGCCCGGCUACGAGGAGGAGGGGCCUUAUCUGGUCGACGGAGCGGAACAGUGUGUUCACGGGUUGUCCUUCCCAGACAGCUACCCGUACUAACACACACGCUCACACACGCACACAGUUUUUGGCAUUUCAAUGUAACCAGAAGGCUUAUACGAGUCUACAAGACUGUUAAACUUUCCUCCAUUGAUCUUUUAUUUGUGUUGAAUACUUUAGUUUUACCAUCUGAAGGUGAGGCUGCCUGGAAAACCGUUUUUAAUGAUUAAUUCUGAUUCUAACGGGUCGCUUUCAUACAGGCCGAACAUGAAAAUAGUCUCCUACACCUAUCUCCUGCUUCAGCUUCUGAUAGGAUUAGAAAAGCCUGACAGAUCUACGUUCAUUCGUUUAUCGUAUGAGACUGUUUUCAUGUUCAGCCUACAUGAAAAGCCCAGAGGGACCCAAUAGUCAGAAACAAUCAUUAAAAUGUAUUUUAGUGAAGUUUGAUUUUUAACCAGCAGAUCUUAAAGAAAAAGAAAAAACGUCUGAAAUCUAAAACUUUUCAGAAAAUGUAAAAUAAAUAAAAAAAAUACGUCGGGCCGUGUCGCUGGAACAAGAGCUCGGCUCUAAUGGGUCAGAAGGUGGUGGUGGUAAAUAUUCUAAAUUAGACUUUAAUACCGAACUCGUUUGUCCCGAUGGUGGCGUCCCAGUCCAGAUGUGACCUUCUACCCUCCCUUGUGUUUAUUUUACGGUUCAGCUCCAGACGUGUGACAUGUAGCAUGGCCAUCGCUCUAGUUCCUGCAAUGUAAACUCUGGGAUCUGUUUUGCAACCAAAAGAGAAGAAACUCGAAGCCAUGGCAUAGUUUAAUGACCAUCCCACUGCUCCAAAGGGACAUGUGUGUUUUUCAAACGUUCUAACCCAAAAACAUCUCUACAAAAAUCUCCUUUGUGUAUUUUCUCGGCUCUGAAGCUAAUAUUUUUGGCUUUACAUGGACUUGUAUGUUUUGGUAUACCAGUUUCUGAUAAAAGUAUUGCUAUUUUUGAUUCUGUAAUACUGCCUCUCUUAUUGUUAUAACAAGCAUGGACUUUCUUCCUGAUGACUCACAACUUAAUGUACUGGGAUAGUUUUCUGCAUUUUGUAUAGUUUGCUUCAGUGUGUAGAGAAAAUGUAUAAUUAUAUAUGGAUAUAUUUUUGCUAAAGGCUGUGUUUGCUUGCUAACGUUGCAUCAGUUCUCCUGGGAGGAGGGGCACGGCGCGCCCUGCAGAUGGUUGAAUAGUAUAUUUUACUAUAAGGUGGAACCCUCAGAUACUGUAUGUGUGCCUUCUGUUGAUCUUUACUGACACAAUAAACAAUUUUACUCUUU